GCACCAGUCUACGUUACAAUAAACGAUGAAUACGAUCGCGAUAGUGUUGUUUGCAGUUAUCGCGUGCGCAAGCGCAGCGCCGCGCUACCACGAUCACUUCCAUCAUCAUCCGUACUCCCACGAUGGCGACGUUAGUUUGGAAAGGUUUAUAGAAAGAGAAAUAUUCGAUACGAGAAGGUUCUGGGAGGAAUUGAGGCGAGAGAUGUUGGGAAUAGACAAAAUGAUCACGGACUUAAACAGGAAUUUCGGCUCAUUCCUUUCAAAUGAGAAAAUUGAAGGAAAUCAAUACAAGAUCAAGAUAUCGUUGAAUGGAUUUGAAGAGAAGGAGAUUGCCGUUAAAGCUAAGAAGAGAUUGCUGAUUGUGCAAGCCGUUCAUAAAGGUGACGAUGGGCCGGAGAGGAACUACUUGGACUUGAGAACUUUGCCCGACUUCGUAGACAUAAACGGCAGUUGGACGUUUGAAAAUGGCAUACUUACUGUUGUAUUCCCAUUGGAACGAAGCGUUGAAGGAACGGAAGCCACAAUAACUGAAGCACCAGUCACACAGGCCCCAGAACACAGUCGCGAAGAAGUUGAAAGUAAUCCAACGAUCGAAGAGAACCAGGAUGCUGAUAUCGGUAUUGAGAGAGGAGACUUGGGUAAAGAUAAGAAUAUAUUAACCAAUGAAAUAUCGAGUGGGCAACGAAACGCUGUCGAAGCGACCACUUACGCGGUUGAUCUGAAAGAUGAAGUAGAACUCGUGCCGAUUCAUCGGAACGUUGUAUAUUAAAUAAUAAAAAAAAACGACGUUAUUAAUGUUGUGUAGUAUUUUUUAAUUAAAUAAAAAAUUAUAUGAGGUUUUUUCAUUUACAUAUAUUUUGUAAUUAAAUCUUAAAGUAUGUCAUCUGAUCUACGUUACCUUUGCCUAUUGAUCAUGGAACUGUAAGCUUCUUUCGUAUUUUGUACAUUUUGGGCGUUCGAAAAAUUAAUUAAUGACUAAGUGGUACCCACCUGGAUGGACUGCACAAAGCGCACCAAGUAUUAAGGAGUAGGUGGUACUUAUUUAAUAUUAAGUUGUCGAAAUUAAUCAUUUAAUUAUUUAUAUUGAUGUGAAUUACAAUUCAAUAAAAUUUACAUCGUUUCUAUUUUAUUUGUAUUUGAUUACAUUAGACCAUUAGUUACAGAAAUGUAUGUAUGAAUAUUGGCAUAUAUAACGGUUAUUCUAUAGGUUAAAUUAAAAGGUUAUUGAACCCGA